UUUUAUGUAAGGGGAUUUUUUCUUAUUGGGGGGGUUGUUAAAAAAUAAAUAUAAGAGGGCGGCCAUCUUUGUUGCUCUGCCUAGUGUAAAAUAUUCCAAAACGCCCCCCACUUUUCUCCCGUGCAGAUUUGAAUAUUAAAUAAAUAUCAAACAUCCGCGCGAGAAAAAUCUUCUUUCUUUUUUUUUUUUUUUUAACCCCGCGCCGCUUUCCGAGAACACGAGGACGGAUCCCGAUGACAGGAGGAUAAUGUCCUCUCCGCUCCGCUCCUGCGAGGAAGACGAGGGCAUGGUGGUUAAUUCCGAGGGAGGAGAUUUCGAUGAAGAAGACGACGACGGGGACCGAGACGAGGACGCAAGCGACAUAAACUCUCCGGCGGCGCCUCGGGAAACUGCAACAGCCGCCGCCGCCGCCGCGCCAGAAGAAGAGGCAGAGGCAUCAGACAGAGAGGUCCCGUGCAGGAAGAAAGGACGGCCGAAGAAAAAGAAGGACACAAAGAAGAAGGACAAAGAGGGGAAACCUGCCAAAGCAAAGAAACGCAAGAAAAUUGACAGCAAUGUAGAGAGAGACUCGGACAGAGAAAGAGACUACGGUGAGAACUCAGACAGUGUCGCCAGCGACUAUGGAUCUGGUGAGAAAAAGAAAAAGAGGAAACAUAAAGAAAGGAAAGAAAAGAAAACCAAGAAGAAGAAAAAAGAUGAUGGGGACCGGGACAGCAGUCAGGAGGAAACGACAAAGCAACCAAUAGAGCAGAAGAACUCGGCCCAGCUGGCAAAGGAGUGGGGUCUGGAGGAUGUUGAUCAUACCUUCACAGAGGAAGACUACAGGGAACUCACCAACUACAAAGCCUUCAGCCAGUUCAUGAGGCCGAUGAUCGCCAAGAAGAACCCUAAGAUCCCCAUGUCGAAGAUGAUGACCAUCCUGGGGGCCAAAUGGAGGGAGUUCAGCUCUAACAACCCCUUCAAGGGCAACGCCGCUGCCGUCGCGGCGGCUGCUGCAGCUGCUGCCAUUGCUGUCGCCGAGCAGGUCUCUGCAGCGACUGCCUCACCUGAGCCGCUGCCACAGCCACCACCAAUCCGGAAAGCCAAGACGAAAGAGGGCAAAGGCCCUGGCUACAAAAAACGCAGUAAAAGCCCUCGAGUCCCAGACAAGAAAAAGGCCUUAGCAAAGGCUAAAAAGAUGGCACCCAUCCGUAUCAAGCUAUCUCCCAUAGGUGCUAAGAGGAAGAAGAGCUGCUCCAGCGAGGAUAUAGAGGACGAGGAGUCUGAGCAGGAGGACUCCAGCGUUCACAGCUCCUCGGUUCGCUCUGACAGCUCCAGCCGUGUCAAGAAGAACAAGCGAGGACGUCCUGCCAAGAAGAAGAAGAAAAUCCCUGGGGAAGAGGAGGGGGAGGGCUACGAGACAGAUCAUCAGGACUACUGCGAGGUGUGUCAGCAGGGCGGGGAGAUCAUCCUGUGUGACACUUGUCCCAGAGCUUAUCACCUCGUCUGUCUGGAGCCUGAGCUGGACAAGGCCCCCGAGGGCAAGUGGAGCUGCCCGCACUGCGAAAAAGAAGGAAUCCAGUGGGAAGCAAAGGACGAGGACUUUGAGGACUUUGAAGAGGACAGCGAGGACAGAGUAAUAUCAGACGUCGGGGCUGGAGUUGGGGUCCCCACCGGGGCGGAGGAGGAGGAUGAUGACCACAUGGAGUUCUGUCGGGUGUGCAAAGAUGGAGGUGAACUGUUGUGUUGCGACACCUGCACCUCGUCGUACCACAUCCACUGUCUAAACCCACCGCUGCCAGAGAUCCCCAACGGAGAGUGGCUGUGUCCACGAUGCACGUGUCCACAAAUCAAAGGUCGCGUCCAGAAAAUCCUCCAUUGGCGGUGGGGAGAGCCACCACCGCCGAUUCCUGUUCCCCCGGCUCCUGAUGCCCCGCCUGACGCACCACCGCCGCCACCCAUGAAGGGCAGAGCCGAGAGGGAGUUCUUUGUCAAGUUGGUCGGACAGUCUUACUGGCACUGUACGUGGAUCACCGAGCUCCAGCUGGAGAUCUUCCACUCAGUGAUGUACAGAAACUACCAGAGGAAGACGGACAUGGACGAGCCUCCCAGUCUGGAUUAUGGUUCAGGAGGAGAAGACGAGAACGGAGUGGGAAAGAGCGAAAAGAGGAGGGCUAAGGAUCCCCAGUACGCAAUCCUGGAUGACAAAUACUACAAGUAUGGCAUCAAGCCUGAGUGGAUGAUGAUCCACCGCAUCAUCAAUCACAGUGUGGACAAGAAGGGGACAUACCACUACCUGGUGAAGUGGAAAGACCUGACCUACGACCAGUGCACCUGGGAGAGAGACGACAUGGAUAUCCCUGAUUUUGCAAUUUACAAGGCCAACUACUGGAGGCACAGAGAUUUAAUAAUGAAGGAGGAUCCAGACAAACCCAGGAAGAUGAGGAGCAAGAACCCGGAGGAUGAAGAGGAGUCUCCUGCUUCACCAGUCACUGACCCGACGAUUAAAUACGAAGAGCAGCCAGACUUUGUCACAACGACAGGCGGGACGCUGCAUCUGUACCAGCUCGAGGGUCUGAACUGGCUGCGGUUUUCUUGGGCCCAGGGCACCGACACCAUCCUCGCAGAUGAAAUGGGCCUCGGCAAAACCAUCCAGACCAUUGUCUUCCUCUACUCACUUUUCAAAGAGGGUCACACUAAGGGCCCGUUCCUGGUCAGCGCUCCGCUCUCCACCAUCAUCAACUGGGAGAGGGAGUUCGAGAUGUGGGCACCUGACUUCUACGUAGUGACGUACACGGGAGACAAGGAUAGUCGAGCCAUCAUCAGAGAGAACGAGUUCUCCUUCGACGACACGGCUGUCAAAGGAGGAAAGAAGACCUUUAAACUGAGGAGGGAGGCUCCUAUUAAAUUCCAUGUGCUGCUGACGUCCUAUGAGUUGGUGACCAUCGACCAGACGGCACUCAAGUCCAUCGACUGGGCCUGUCUGGUGGUGGACGAGGCUCACCGACUUAAGAACAACCAGUCCAAGUUUUUCAGGCGUCUGAACGAUUAUAAGAUCGACCACAAGCUGCUGCUGACUGGAACUCCUCUGCAGAACAACCUGGAGGAGCUGUUCCACCUGCUCAACUUCCUCACGCCCAACCGCUUCAAUAACCUCGAGGGCUUCCUGGAAGAGUUUGCUGACAUUUCCAAGGAGGACCAGAUCAAGAAGCUCCACGACCUGCUGGGACCUCACAUGCUGCGGAGGCUGAAGGCCGACGUCUUCAAGAACAUGCCCGCCAAGACUGAGCUGAUUGUCAGAGUGGAGCUGAGCCCUAUGCAGAAGAAAUACUACAAGUUGAUUCUGACCAAGAAUUUCGAGGCUCUGAACUCAAAGGGAGGAGGAAACCAGGUGUCACUGCUCAACAUCAUGAUGGACCUCAAGAAGUGCUGCAACCACCCCUACCUCUUUCCUGUUGCCUCCAUGGAAGCUCAGAAAACACCCAGCGGUGCUUACGAGGGGUCGGCCCUCACUAAGGCUUCUGGGAAACUGACGCUGUUGCAAAAGAUGCUGAGGAAACUGAAAGAGCAGGGGCACCGAGUGCUUGUCUUCUCACAGAUGACUAAAAUGCUGGACUUGUUAGAAGACUUCCUGGACUUCGAGGGUUAUAAGUACGAGAGAAUUGACGGAGGCGUCACGGGAGCACUGAGACAAGAGGCCAUUGACCGCUUCAAUGCUCCUGGUGCUUGUCAGUUUUGUUUCCUGCUCUCCACGAGAGCCGGAGGCUUGGGGAUCAACUUGGCCACAGCUGACACCGUCGUCAUCUUCGACUCAGACUGGAAUCCUCACAACGACAUACAGGCGUUCAGCCGAGCCCACAGAAUCGGGCAGGCCAACAAGGUUAUGAUCUACCGCUUUGUGACCCGAGCCAGCGUGGAGGAGCGUAUCACCCAGGUGGCCAAGAGGAAAAUGAUGCUGACCCACCUGGUGGUCCGGCCAGGCCUCGGAUCCAAGGCAGGCUCCAUGUCCAAACAGGAACUGGAUGACAUCCUCAAGUUUGGAACAGAAGAGCUCUUCAAGGAUGAGGGAGAAGGUAUGAAAAAUACCACAGGGGAUAAAGUCGAGGACGAAGGCAACGUCAUCCACUACGACAGCGUUGCCAUUGAGAGGCUGCUGGACCGAAGCCAGGACGCCACGGAUGACUCGGACGUCCAGAACAUGAACGAGUACCUGAGCUCCUUUAAAGUGGCCCAGUACAUGGUCCGAGAGGAGGAUAAGAUUGAGGAGAUCGAACGGGAGAUCAUCAAACAGGAGGAGAACGUGGAUCCUGAUUAUUGGGAGAAACUGUUGCGGCAUCACUACGAGCAGCAGCAGGAGGACCUUGCCAGCAAACUGGGUAAAGGCAAGAGGAACCGCAAGCCCGUCAACUACAAUGACGCAGCACAGGAGGACCAAGAGUGGCAUGCUGACAUUUCAGAUAACCAGUCCGAGUAUUCAGUGGGCUCCGAGGAGGAGGAUGAGGACUUUGACGAUCGACCAGAGGGUCGAAGGCAGUCGCGUCGCCAGCUGAGGAAUGAGAAAGAUAAACCUCUGCCUCCUCUCCUGGCCAGAGUCGGAGGCAACCUCGAGGUGCUGGGCUUUAACACACGCCAGCGAAAGGCCUUCCUGAACGCAGUGAUGCGCUGGGGGAUGCCGUCUCAGGACGCGUUUUCCUCUCAGUGGUUGGUGAGGGACCUCAGGGGCAAGACUGAAAAAGAAUUCAAAGCUUACGUGUCUCUGUUUAUGCGUCACCUAUGCGAGCCGGUGGCUGACGGUGCUGAGACGUUUGCAGACGGUGUCCCGAGGGAGGGCCUGUGUCGUCAGCCGGUCCUCACGCGAAUUGGCGUCAUGUCCCUCGUCAAAAAGAAGAUCCAGGAGUUUGAGCACAUCAACGGACGGUGGAGUCUCCCAGAGCUCAAGCCUGAGGUCAACGUGGACAAAUCCUCCUCCAGGGCCUCCUCCCCUGCAGUGAAGACCGCCACACCCACACCAGACGCCAGCUAUAGCAACACACCAUGCACCUCCAAGCCAGCGACCCCUGCUCCUGCAGACAAGCUGGAAAAGAACGGAAAAGAGGGAGAGAAGGAGGAGGACAAAGAGGAAGGUGAGACCCUGUCGGAGAAAGGGAAGGAGAAGGAUGAGGGGAAAGAGGUGGACGGCAACAAGACUGGAGACCCUGAAGAGCUUUCCUCAACAAAAGAGACUCCGCAGAGUGCGUCUCCUGGUCAAAAAGCCGAAAACAAAGAGGAGAACAACCUGAAAGAGGCGGAGAAGAAAGAAACUUCAGACAUUCCAACUGCCACGACCGAGGAGAAGAAAGCGCAGGAGGAAAGCAAAGAAGAGACGAAACAAGACACAGAGUUAAAAGAAGAGAAAUCGGAGGGAGAGAAGGCGGCGGAAAAGAAGGAAAAAGACAAAGAAAAGCGCGAAGAGACGCCCACGGCAACGGAAGCAACAGACACCAAGGAGUCCGAGGUGGCUGACGUGAAGAAAGAGGAGGUCAAAGGUGAAAGAGAUGCUGGAAAAGACGUCAAAGCAGCGAAGGAGGAGGCGCCCAGAGGUAACGGGAAGCCUCCUGUUGAGCGGCCGCGCUUCAUGUUCAACAUCGCAGAUGGCGGCUUCACUGAGCUGCACACUCUUUGGCAGAACGAGGAGCGGGCUGCCAUCUCCUCGGGGAAGAUGAACGAGAUCUGGCACCGCCGACACGACUUCUGGCUGCUGGCGGGAAUUGUGAUUCACGGCUACGCCCGGUGGCAGGACAUCCAGAAUGAUCCCCAGUUCGCCAUUGUCAACGAGCCUUUCAAGAUGCAGGCGAAUAAAGGCAACUUCCUGGAGAUGAAGAACAAGUUUCUGGCUCGACGCUUUAAGCUGUUGGAGCAGGCGCUCGUGAUCGAGGAGCAGCUGCGGCGGGCGGCCUACCUGAACAUGACCCAGGACCCCAGCCACCCAGCCAUGGCACUCAACGCUCGCUUUGCAGAGGUGGAGUGCCUGGCGGAGUCGCACCAGCACCUCAGCAAGGAGUCGCUGGCAGGAAACAAGCCAGCCAACGCUGUCCUGCACAAAGUGUUGAACCAGUUGGAGGAGCUACUGAGCGACAUGAAGGCUGACGUGACGCGGCUGCCGGCCACGCUGUCCAGGGUUCCACCCAUCGCUGCCCGCCUGCAAAUGUCCGAGAGGAGCAUCCUCAGCCGACUGGCGAGCAAGGGCACAGAGACGCACACGCCCCCGCCCAUACCGCCAGGACCCUACGCCACCCCCCAGAACUAUGGAGCCCCCUUCACCCCUGCACCCCCAAGCGCCCUGUACAUGGGAGGGGCCAACUACAGUCAGAUGCCACCAGGAUCCUUCAUAUCAGAAGCCGCCGCCGCUGCUGGGGCCACCGGGGGAGCUGCUGGGGGAGCCGCCGGAGGGCCAACCGCUGCCAGCGUUUGCCAGAAGACGAAAGAGCACGAUGUGGUGCAGCGGCAGCGAGUGGUGGACCUCUGGAAGGACGGCAAGUCAGAAGGGGCCAUCGGGCAGGAGCUGAGGAUGCCCAAGUCCACGGUGCACAGCAUCAUUGUCAAGUACCGGCUCAGCAACACGGUGGAAAACCUACCGCGCAAUGGCCGACCAAAGAAACCCUGAGGUUAAACUGAGAGACUCGACAAGGGGGAGAAAGAAAGGAAGGACAUUUGGAUUUAAGAAUCCUGGAAUGUAGCAAAAAAAAAAAAGAGACGGUGGAAGCAGAAAAGGAGAGAUGAAAAACCUGAAUGCACGAGGAGGACAAGGACAAGGCACCUUAACUCUGCUGGAAUGUGAGGGAUAUAAAGGGGGAAGCAAAUUCGCUGGGUAGAUUGAGUAAGUACGAAAGAAAGCAAAAAGGACAGGACAUGAAAAGUGAAAAGAAGUACUGGCACUAUGGUCCACAAAAUAAAACAAGCAAUCAACCACAGAGGGAGACGGAGGGGGGGGGGAGAGAGAGAGAGAGAUCCAAAAUACCAAGGGAGAGGUGAAAAGCUGGCCCUGAGAUCAAGCACUAAUGAUGCGUGGGAGGAAAAUGAGUCAGAGAGAAAGAAAAAAGGAGAGAUGACCUGUCUGGAACAAACAAAUCCUCAAGCAAGGAGCUGCUGAAAAAAAGGCCCAAAAAUCUGACUUUAGGAGGAAAUAUGUCUGGACUGAACGAAGAAUGGAAAAAAAAGAGGGUAUGUUAAUGCAAUCACAGGUUUUCAAGAAUUCAAAUAUGACGGUCGAAUUGAAGAAAAAUGCAACAAAGGAAAGAGGAUUUUUUUAUUUUUUAUUCUGCCUCAGACAGAUUUCUCAAGACGACGACUUUUUCUGUUUCUCCCUCCGCGCCGAAAAAAAAAAGAAAGAUUUCCCCCUGGAUCGAUUCUUCAUCUGCCGGCUGACUGAACAAGCCUGCCCCCCUCGCUCUGACCCCGUACUCCCUCAUUCUUCCACAGUCCUCCACUCCUCCGUCUCUCUUUCUCACUCUCUCACACACACACACUCUAGACCUCACACACAACCUGAAAACCUGCAAAGAAGUUAAUAUGUCUGCCGAGUAUGUGCAGAUGAGAUCCAGACUUGAAAUAGAAAAAGGGACGAGCUGGACUUAUCUUGCUAAAAAAAAAAAAAAAAAAAGGACAGAAAGAAAAAAAAGAAUUGUCUAAGUAUAUAACUCUACUUCCCAUGGACUCUGUUGCCCUCGCAUUCCUUAGUCCAACCAAGCGUAUCAGCAAGAAGCAUAGUUAAAAACUGAGACGCUUGCCUUCGACCAACAAUCAGUAGCGACGUUCCUCUGACGGGCUGGUAUUGACACAUGUACUGUAUUUACAAAAGCGUAUUUACUAUUGCACCUUUAUUUUCUGAGGGGUCACUCAAAGGGGAAUAUCACUCAAGUGAAGUAUUUACAUUUCCUGUUUUAAAGCCUCAUCACAGGAAAGAGGGGAAAAAAAUGACCGUAUUUAUGAGCAGCUCUUCCCUACAGCCGAAGACUGUAAUCUGUCACCGAGAGAGAAGCGGAGACUCACUUUGAAGCCCGAAGAGACAUUUUUGUUCUUCGAGCUUCUUUAUUGUGACAGUGUGAUGGAUUCCACGCUGGAAAAUGUCCCCUGAUCCCAGGGAAAAUAAAACACUCUGGACUCUGUCAUCGUUUUUCCAGCUGAGUGUGUGUAUGUGUGUAUGUGUGUGCGGGUAUCUGUGGAAGUUGUGCGUGCAUGUGUGUGUGCAGUAGAGCUGUACAUCAGAGUGACAUCUCGGAGUGGGGAAACAGGACAAACUCUUUUGCCUGGAAAGAGGAGACAUGAACAAUCAGUUACACAGUCCAGACUUUUCCAGGACUUACUUACUGUAUGAGUAUUUUUAAGCUAAGAUUGAGUGGUAUUUCCCUUUCAGCUUGAAGAACAUUAAGGCCAGAAAAGUGUGGCACUGAUGCGGCCCGCAAUGAGAAUACAGUGUGCGUGUAUAUGUGAGUGUGUAGAUUGAGGAAUGCAGUGUGUGCUGACGGUGGCACUUCCAUUUUUUAUUAAAACCAGGGACCAUUUAGCUGCACCAACUGACACACAGUCAUAGAUAUGAGUCGUUGAUUUUUUUAUUUAGUUAUUCCCUGGGAAAUCUGUGAAAAUGACAUAAAACUUCCCCUUCAUGAUGCGUUUUUAAUUAGAAGGUAAUCAGACAAAUUAUAACUUUGCACCCAUCAGGUUUUUUUUGGUAACAAUCAAUAAAAUGACUGUUCGCGCUCAUGCUGACAUACCCACAGAAUUAAGACCCCAAACUUUACAGUUUUUGUUUCAGUCCCGCUCCUCUCAUCAACCUUGUUAAAAGCUGCAGGCAGCUGACUUCAGGAAGUAUUCCACCUGUCAAACAAAGUACGCAACUAGCCGGAGCAUUUAGAAGCUGAAAAGCCAAAUAUUACUACCUCCAGGGGUCGGUGGAGACCAAAAACAGAGCUAAAGAAAACUGACUGAAAACACAAGUUAACAUUCAUUUUUCUGUUGUACUGUGACUGCUUGGCGUAUAAAUGGGAAGCUGUUGUCCAACAUAUGAGCCAUUUCAAUUUUCUCAGCUAAUAAAUUGUCAGUGUACCACAGACACAUGCUCUAAAUCAGCUUAAUGGGUUCAAAUCAGUAGAAAAAACGUGAUUGUUUUGGAUUCUUAUUCAUUUUGAUAGAUCUCUGACUAAAAACAUGAUUCCCAGUAUUUAAGGAAAACAUAACACACAUACACAUAUAUGCAAAUCACUAAUUCUUCGAGAGUACAAUCCUUGACACUUCCAACUGCACUGCUUUUCAUAAACUUCCACACCUCAUUGAUUUAUGAAGCUGCUCUCAGUGGCAUUUGAACAGACAAUCAAGCCCUGUGCUGUUGUGUAGUUCCUGAGCGGGUUGACAGUUCAGAGAGACCAGAAUGAAGAGUUUUGGCGCAGAUACACUCGUGUAAAAGCUUUUCACAAAGCAAAAAAAUGCUACGUCUCCUGCCAAGAUGGCAGCUCGCGCGCUUCCAUCAGAUAGUAUUCAGGACCUACAGGGGAGACACAUGUUGGCCAGGAAUGAUUUUAUUGUCUUUCUGGACUUAACAUCCAGUGCAGAGUUUUUGUUCUCGUGAAGGAAUAAAAACAGUUGGAGUUUAAAAGAAUUCCUAGAGAUACUGUAUGUCCAUGUGCAGGUUGUGACAAAAAGAAAUGCUGCCAGUGAGAAGUAUAUGAAGAAAGAGGAGGAGGAGUUGUGUGAGCAGAGGGGAAGUUUAGCUCAGUGAGUUUGGGAGUGAAAUCCGUUGGACUUUGUUAUCUGGUCUAAUACAGAACAAGUAAUCCAUUGAAUUCCUUCUGUUAACGGCUUCUUCACCUUAUUUGCCUUUUUGGUAAGAGUCUGACUGAUACUGGGGUUUCUCUGGCGGAUACCAAAGCUAAGAUAUUCAAGGUUAAAGAUUUUUUUAAGUUACUGGCAGCUGCUUUGUUAGAAAUACACCAGAAUAUAAAUCAGUGUCUCUGUUGGUUCUAUCUAGUUAUGUGCACAUGUGACUGCUUCACAAUAAAAGCCUUCCUCUGUUUCACUUUCAGUGCUUUUAAUGUGAAGGUGCAGUCAUAGAAAAAGGCAAGGUUACAGUUAUAGACAAGAGACUGUUUAUAAAGAUGAACGACAUGAGAGCUGCUCAAAAGUGAAGCCAGAGCGUCUGGAUUACCCUCUAGUGGCUGGCUGCGGUAUUGGUCAUAAACCCCAUCUCAUCCAUGUUAGCAGAUGGGACAUGGACCAAAUAAAUAAAAAAUCUAAUCAAAUACAUUUUUCAUUUGGAUAAUUAUUUUCCCACUAAUGGAUAUUAAUACCGUAGCUCCGUCCCAUGAUUGGCUCCAAAUGCACAAGAUGGCGGAUAUCUUGGCUUAAUUUCUGGAUAAUGGGAGGAAGUGGAGACGCGUCGUCCAUCGUUGGACUAAGUCUACCGUUAAGAGAGUGAACAGCAGCGUGACCACACCACUCAUUAUAAAAACGUACGGGGUUUUCCAGUUUAUAAACAUCAAGCGUUUAUUUGUAGAAAAAAGUGGAAUUUCAUUGAAAGAACAUUUCUAAAAAGUAGAAGAGAUUUAAAAAAAUAUGUGAUUAACAAAUUGGCUUUGGUUUCUUUUGAUGAAUGUAUCACAAACUCUCAUAAAUUAAAUUAUGGCGUGAGCGUGACAUGUAUACCUGUCAGCGCUCUCUGGUGGACAGAUGACUACAAACUAAAUGUGCUGAAGUUUCCUGUUAUUUUAUGGGCCUCAGUCUUCUGUCAGUUUUUAUUUAUCAGUUCCUUUUCUUUCCAGAGCACUCAAACCCGUCUGUCACCUAUUUUAUUGUCUUCUCUCUUCCACGUCUCAAUCCUCUGCAUCUUUUUUCUUCUCUUGCUCUUUCACCGAGUCUUCACCUUGAUUUUGUUUUGCCUCUUAUCAGAUUUUGUCUCCCCCCCCAAACACACACAUACAAACUUACCGACUCUGUGUCCUCUCUCUCUCUCUCUCUCUCUCUCUCUCUCUCAGCAUCCCCUCUUUUGGCCUCCACUGGCAAAAUGCCACACGUUUUCCCAUAAAUGGUCCCCCCGCUGGGUCCAGACACUCACACACACACACAAACUCGCUACCGCCCACCAACCCAAACGUCCUGGGCUCAGUCCGCUCCUUAUCACUUCUUUCAUCUGCACGGUGGUGUUAUGACAGUUUAUCUUUCCCUGUGGCGCGGGUGAGAGAAGUGCGCUGUUCUUCUAUUCCUGGCUUUGUUUUGAAAGGAGCGCUAAACUCGCCGUUCCACUCCCCGAGCAGAUUUAUGAUAGCGCACAAAAUGUGGGGCUCACAGAUCCCUGAGCUGGCCGACGCUGCAGAAGAUCAUUUCCAUGCAUGUGUGUGUUCGUGGUACAUGAAUGUAUGUGUGUGUGCAGAGACAGGUAUGUGUGUGUUUAUUCUCAUUGCCAGCCGCUCUUCUGCCAGGUUAACAGUUAUAUGCAUUCUGGGAUUUUAUCAUCCUUGUACACAUAAUACUGUAAAUGUAAUUCCAUAUAUUGAUGUACUGUUUGUUCAUUAAAAA